AAGCCGGAGAGUAACUCACAGACCGACUCCUCCCUUCUCACUGACUGAUCACAUGACCGUGACGUCAUCACAGGAGUCAGCGUCCACCUCCCACGUAAAGAUGGCGGAUAUUCUGAAGCAGGCGCAGCUGCAGAAGAGUGUUAAAAUUGCCCCAGGAGCAGUUGUCUGCGUGGAAAGUGAAAUUAAAGGAGAAGUCACAAUUGGGCCAAGGACAGUAGUUCACCCCAAAGCUCGUAUUUAUGCUGAAGCAGGCCCCAUAAUUAUCGGAGAAGGCAACCUGAUUGAGGAGCAGGCUUUUAUAAGAAACAGUUUACCAGAAAACAUUGCAUCCGACUCAGAAGAUGUGGAGCCAAAAGCGAUGAUCAUUGGCACCAACAAUGUGUUUGAAGUUGGCUGCUAUUCUCAAGCAAUGAAGAUGGGAGAUAACAAUGUUAUUGAAUCUAAAGCUUAUGUAGGAAGAAAUGUCAUACUAACCAGUGGCUGCAUAAUUGGUGCUUGCUGCCAGGUGGACACUUGUGAGGUUAUCCCUGAGAAUACUGUCAUAUAUGGAUCUGAUUGUCUACGCAGAGUGCAGACAGAGCGCCCCCAGCCACAAACUUUGCAGUUGGACUUCCUCAUGAAGAUUCUUCCAAAUUAUCACCACCUCAAGAAGACCACAAAAAUCAGCAAUUCUUCAGUGAAGAACUAAUGCAUCCUUUUACGAAUUGCCACAUUUAGCUCUGUUCUCGUUUCUUUUACACUAUAUAUUUACCAUUGUUUCUCAUGCUAUUUAUUUAUUAGUUUUUUGCCAUAUGUUUUACAUUCUAAAGAUAGAUUAUAGCAAAAUAUGUAUUAUGGGGCAUCACUUUCUUCAUUCUAAUAAAACAACUGUAACAACUGGUAAUAUAUCAGUUGUUUUCUUGUGCUACAUCUGCCUAUAAUGCAGGGAAAUGCUACCUAGUCUCCACUUGACAGUGCCUAAAUUUCCUGGACAAGUGUAAACAGGUCUAAAAUUAAAAAUACACAUUUAUUUAAAUAGCAUCUGUCAGGUAGGUUGAUCAUGCUGAGUAAAAUGAUACUUUUUUUUUUAAAGGUGAACUUCUGCAGAGGUAUACUAAUAUUUAUGUUUCUGCAGCUUACCAAUGAUGAUCACCAAGGGGCUGUCCACAGGAUAGGGGGAUAACUAUUAGAGCGAUGGGGGUUCUACUGCUGGAACCCCAACAAUCAUGAGAAUGGGGGCCCCAUGCCCUCUGCAGCCCUCCUGAAAUGAA